AUGUUCCGCUCUGCUCCGCGCUUCCCUGACAGCAGCAGUUGUAGCAGCAACAGCAGCAGCAGCAGCAACAGCAGCAGCAGCAGCUGCAGGAGCAGCAGAAGCAGCAGCAACAGCAGCAGCAGCAGUGAGGGGAGCAGCAGCAGCUACGGCAACACUAGCAGCAGCAACCUCAGCAGCAACCUCAGCAGCACGCGGUCCAGCAUCGAGGGCGGCUCUCGCAAAAGCAGCAGCAGCAGCAACAGCAGCAGCAGCAGCAACAGCAGCAGCAGCAGCACCAGCAGCAGCAUCAUACCCUUCACCUACCCCUUCGAAGAGGCGCUUGUGCUAGGCAGGAAGUCAGCAGCUGCAGAAGCAGCAGCAGCAGCAGCAGCAGACGCAGCAGCAGGAGCAGAAGCAGCAGAAGCAGCAGCAGCAGACGAGUCUGGCACGCCCUGCUGCACUUAUUCUGCUCCUGCUGUUUCAGCUGUUAACCCUGCUGCUGCUGCUGCUGCUGCUGCUGCGGACUUGAGAGGGGGCCCUCCCCUUCUGGCCCACGCGAUGCAGCAGCAGCAGCAGCAGCAGCAGCAGAACCAGAGGGGACAGCAGCCGGUGCAGGAUAUUGUUAUGCUUCUCAAGGAGCUAAGUCUGCUUAUAAAGGACCACGCAGCAGCAGCGGCAGCUGCUGCUGCUGCUGCUGAAGAGGAAGCAGCAGCGGAGGAAAGUCCCAAAACAGCAGCAGCAGCAGCGGCUGCUGCAGCAGUGGCUGCUGCAGCAGCGGCUGCUCAAACGCUGCAGACAGAAGCAGCAAAGCUGCAGCAGACGAAGGCACGCCCGGAUAACGACAGCGGCAGCAGCAGCGAGCCCGCAGCAGCAGCAGCAGCAGCAGGAGCAGCAGCAACAGCAGCAGCAGCAGCAGAUGAAGACUCUGAGGUGCUUGCUGUCCGCGAGCGGCAGCUGGAAAGGCUAGCGGAGGAGCUCGACCAGCAGCACCUCCUUUGCAUAGCGCAAGGCGAGGAGAUUCAGCGGCUGCUGACGGAGACAGAGACGGAGCAGCGGCGGCGGCGAGAAGCAGAAAGAGCAGCAGAAAGAGAAAGAAAGAAAAGAGAAGAGCUGCAGGCCCAACUCAAG